CCCAGGUCCAGGCUGCGCCGUUCGUCUUCUUCCCCGAUGGAAUCCCCGAUUCCCCACCGCUUCCUUCCCCGACCUCCGUUCGGUUCUCCCAGACGGCCCCAUCAGGCAGCGCAGGGGGCUCUGCGGCUACCCGAAGUCGCGGCGAGCGGUGGCGGUGGCGGCGGCGUCCCUCCGCCUCCUUGCUCUGGCAGACCGCAGACGGCAGUGCCGGACUACUACCACUCGCCCCUCCGCCCUCGACUCUGCAGCUCUGCUCUACGGGAUGGACGGAGCCAAGCCAGUGGCGGCAGCUGCAGCUGGCGGGAAGCCGGGGCUGGAGGAGGCGCUGCUCCGCAUCGUGCACCAGCACCACCACCAAUCCCACUGCCAGCGCCAGCAAACCGAGCGAGCGAAGAAGGACGCCUUGAGGAGCGCAGCGCGGGUCGCCGAUAUUCUCGUGGACACGGUCGACGGCGGGGUGCAGGAGCUCUUCGUCAACGAGAAGCGCAUCGAGAUCGAGGCCCGCGCGCUGCUCCGUACCGUCGCGCGGUACAGGAAGCAGACUGACCAGUGGCUGGCGGCCACCAACGAGAUCAACUCGAUCGGCCUUGAAGGAAAUUGAAGAUUUCGAGAACUGGAUGAAGAUCAUGGACUUCGACUGUAAAAGUGUCAAUGCAGCCAUACGCAAUAUUCAUCAGUCGUGACCCUGCCAGUAGUAACUAUUUUAGGAAGUAUUCAUGUCACUGUAUGCUCGGGUUGCAAUUAUGGGAGCUGGAAGCCAUCUUUUUAUGGAACUGUUUCCUGAUUUUCCCAUGUAAACAUCUUUGUUGUGAGUACUAUCUAUGCUCACUCCAAUUUCAAAGUGAUGAUAUAUGAUCGAAAUGCACCUCUGUCUGAGCA